GCCUCUCAGUUCCUGAUUUUUUUCCUCUGCACAACCUGCAGUACCUGUUCCAGCAAUGGAGGAAUCUUUCAUUAUAAGUAUAGACUUUGGAACAACAUACAGUGGAUAUGCCUUUAGUUUGACAUCCAGAGAAGAAGAAGUAGACCCUCAUGUGAAGUUUUGGGGUGAAGAAGUUGGACUGGAAACCCCAAAGACUCCAACCUGCAUCUUGUUUGAUGAACAUCAACAGUUUGUCAGCUUUGGAUAUGAAGCCAAAAACACUUAUUUAAAAAAAUCAGGCAAAGAUGGCAGAGCAAUGUUCUUCUUUGAUUGCUUUAAGAUGUCGCUCUAUGACAAAAAAGUCACCACAGACUUGACAAUUAAAGCAGCCAAUGGGAGGGAAAUGAAGGCUCUGAAGGUUUUUGCAGAAGCUUUAAGAUUCCUGAAAGAAGACGCUUUGAUGACCAUUCAACAAAACACUGAAGGACUGAAGUUCACAGCCUCUGACUUCACCUGGGUGCUGACGGUUCCUGCAAUCUGGGAUCAUUCAGCCAAACAGUUCAUGAGAGAAGCUGCAACUCAGGCAGGAAUUGUGACAGAGGGAACUAAAAAUAAUCUGAUGUUUGCUCUGGAACCAGAAGCAGCUUCAGUCUACUGUAAGAAACUACCAUCAGAGGGUUUCAUAGCAGAAAACCGGGGUCAAAGCAAACUGGACCAAUCUCCAGGAACUCAGUACAUCGUUGUUGAUUGUGGAGGAGGAACCAUUGACAUCACUAUUCAUGAAGUUGUUGAAGGAGGAUUUCUGAAGGAGCUGCACAAAGCCUCUGGGAACGGCAUGGGAGGACAAACAGUGGACAGAAAAUUUAAAGAGUUCCUCAGAGAGACAUUUUCUCCUGAAAUCUGGGAUGAGUAUGAAGAAAAGUAUCCCAGUGAGGUUAGAAGAAUUAUGUAUGACUUCACACUUUUCAAGAGAAAAGAUGAAGAUAUGGAAAUAACCUGUCCAUUUAAUCUAGGACUGAUGGCUCAGAAAAAACAGGACAUGGAAGAAUACUUUAAACGAGUUCAAGAUGCAUCUUAUGAUGAGGGAGUAAUCAAAAUAUCAAAGCAGAAACUGAGGUCUUUCUUUGAAAAGAGUCUGUGGAGCAUCUCUAUGAGUCUAAGAGAAAUCUUUAACAAAACCCGCAGCAUUAAAUACAUUCUGUUAGUGGGAGGUUUUGCUGAAAGUCAGAUUCUACGGAGACACAUUACUGAUGAGUUUAUCGACAACUGCAAAGUUUUGUGUCCAUUUAGGCCCCAAGAAGCCAUUGUAAAGGGAGCUGUAGAGUUUGGAAGAAACCAAGGUGCAGUGGCAUCAAGAAAAAGUGCCUAUACUUAUGGAGUAAGCACCUCACAGCGGUUUAAUACGUCAAAGCACAAAGAAGACAAAAAAUUCACAAACAAAGACGGUAUUGUCUUAUGUAGUAAUCUUUUUACAAAACUGGUUGAAAUUGAUGAGGAUGUUCGUUGGAAUGAAACCAGAAAGCACUCCUUCAGUCCUGUAGAAAGAGAGCAAACAAAGAUGUACCUUAAGUUUUAUCGCACAAAGAAAAACAAUCCCAUGUAUGUGGAUGAGCCAAAAGUAGAAAAAAUUGGCUCAUUUGUUGUUGAGUCACCUGACACUACACUUGGAACGGACCGUCAGAUUGUUCUAGAAAUAAAGUUUGGCUUCACAGAAAUGACAGCAACGGGAACUGACAUAGAGUCAGGCAUCAGACGCACAGUCAACCUAAACUUCAUGACAAAUUGUGAAAAACAAAUGAGAGAAAAAAUUAAGAUGAGUUAAGAGGAACAGAACAAAAAUGUAACCAAAGUGCUUUGGCCCUACUUUAAUAUUUAAGUUGAGUUUACAAUACAAAAUAAUGAAAGUCAGUUUAAAAAGUAAAAAAGUAAAUGAUUCUUUGACAUAGAAAGAGUGAAAAAUCGUUGUUAGCUAAUAACAUUUUCAAUGGUUGCUUUCAGGAUUUAAAAAGGUUAAAAACAGGGUUGAUCUGGCUCCCAAUAAACAGUGCUAAACUGCAUCACCACUGUUUGAAACCUGGAAUCUGAGCUCAAAAUGAUUUGCAGGUAACAGGUGGAACAAUCAGAUCUUCAGAGGAACAUUGAUAAUUCAGGGUUCCACACAAUCUGUCCAAAAAAAUUCACACAUUUAGAUUUUUCUUGGACUACCUCAAAGUUUGAUUACAACACAUAUUUUCUCUGGCAUCAUUGCUAAGAACUCCUGCAAUGUAAUAACUGUCAUUUUCAUCUAGACUUGCAUAAUUACAGAAAAUGGUAAAAAAAAAAAAAAAA